AUGGGGCUGCGGGAGGUUGCGCUGUGGGGGACCCUCCUGCUGCUGCUGCCGCCGGGACCCGACCGGCUGGAGGGGGCCCGUGGCGGGCCGCUGCGGAGGCGGCGGGCGGCGGAGCUGGGCUGCGGGGAGCUGCGCGGGUUCGAGCCCAUCCUGGGCAACAACACCUACCAGUAUGUCUUUGAUGACUUCAGCGGCACUGUAUCACUCUCCUGGGUUGGAGACAGCACUGGAGUUAUUCUCGUCCUGACCACAUUCAAGUUACCGCUGCUGUUCGUGAGUUUCAAGCAGUCCAAACUCUACAGGAGCGAGGACUAUGGAAAAACUUUCAUAGACAUCACAAAGCUCAUUAACCACACCUUCAUCCGGACGGAGCUUGGGAUGGCCAUCGGCCCAGAGAACUCGGGGAAGGUGAUUCUGACGGGGGACAUGCCUGUGCCUGGAGGGAGCCGUGGAGGAAAGAUCUUCAGAUCGUCUGAUUAUGCUAAGAACUUUGCUCAGACAGAUCUCCCCUUUCAGCCCCAGAGUCAGGUCAUAUACCACCCGCAGAACUCCGACAACCUGCUGGUCCUCAGCACCGAAAACAGCCUCUGGGUGUCCAGGAACUUUGGGGAGAAGUGGGAAGAAAUCCACAAAGCUGUUUGUCUGGCAAAAUGGGGCCCCGACACCACCAUCUUCUUCACCACCUACCUGAAUGACUCCUGCAAAACUGAUCUUGGGUUUUUGGAGCUAAAGAAAACCAAUGACUUUGGCAAAAGCUUCAAGACCAUAGGAAACAAAAUCUACUCGUUUGGCCUAGGAGGUCGCUUCCUGUUUACUUCUGUGGUGACGGAGAAGGGCAAUACGAGGAGGAUCCAUGUCUCGACUGACCAAGGGGAGACCUGGAAUAUGGCCCAGCUUCCAUCUGUGGGUCAGGAGCAGUUCUUCUCCAUCCUGGCAGCUAACGAGGACAUGGUGUUCAUGCAUGUGGAUGACCCUGGAGAUACUGGGUGUGGCACAAUCUACACCUCAGACGAUCGAGGCCUCAUCUACUCCAAGUCCCUCGAACGGCAUCUUUACACAGGCAUUGGGAGUGAAACUGACUUUACCAAUGUGACCUCGCUGCGGGGCGUCUAUAUCACCAGCGUGCUCUCUGAAGACCGUUCCAUCCAGUCGGUGAUAACGUUCGACCAAGGUGGCGAGUGGCUGCUGCUGAGGACGCCUGUCAACGCUAAAUGUAACUCCACAGCAAAGAACAAGGAGGAGUGUAGCCUUUACAUCUAUGCAUUGUACGGCAUCUCCCUGAAUCACAACGUGCCCAUGCUGCCUCUGUCCGAGCCCAAUGUGGUGGGAAUAGUCAUCGCCCACGGCAGCGUGGGGGAUGCCAUCUCCGUGGUGAGCCCAGACGUUUACAUAUCUGAUGAUGGGGGCUAUACCUGGGCACGGGUGCUGGAAGGGCCCCAUCACUACGCCAUCCUGGACUCCGGGGGCAUCAUCGUAGCCAUUGAGCACAGCCUCGAGCCGAUCAAUGUGAUUAAGUUCUCGACGGAUGAAGGCCAGUGCUGGCACAAGUAUACUUUCUCCAGGGAGCCCAUUUACUUCACUGGUCUGGCGUCGGAGCCAGGAGCCAGAUCUAUGAACGUCAGCCUCUGGGGCUACAGAGACUCUGUCUUGCCCCGCAAAUGGGUCUCCUACACCAUUGACUUCAGUCAUCUCCUCAGCAGGAACUGUGAGGACAACGACUAUACUAUCUGGCUGGCUCACUCCAGCGAGCCCGGCAGCCGCACUGAUGGCUGCGUUCUGGGCUAUAAGGAGCAGUACCUGCGUCUCCGCAAGUCAUCUGUCUGUCAGAAUGGCCGGGAUUACGUGACGAUGAAGCAGCCAUCUGUCUGCCCGUGCACGCUGGAGGACUACCUCUGCGAUUUUGGCUAUUUCCGCCCUGAAAACCAGUCUGUCUGCGUGGAGCAGCCGGAGCUGAAGGGCCAUGACCUAGAGUUCUGUCUCUAUGGCAGGCAGGAGCUACUGACGACUGGAGGGUAUCGUAAGAUCCCGGGAGACAAAUGUAGCGGUGGGAAGAGUCCGAGCCGUGAGGUGACGGACCUGAAGAGGAAAUGCACAAGCAACUUGUUGACCCCCAGCCAGCUGUCCGCUGCCUCCAGCUCUGCUCCCAUAAUCCUGGCUGUCGUGGGCGUGAUGCUCCUCACCAUCAUAGCUGGAGUCCUGAUCAUUAAGAAAUACGUCUGUGGGGGCAGGUUCCUGGUCCAUCGCUAUUCCGUCCUGCAGCAGCACGCAGAGGCGAAUGGGGUGGAAGGGGUCGAAGCUCUGGAUGCAGCCAGCCCUGCUAAUAAAGGGGGCUACCACGACGAUUCUGACGAGAACAGAGCGACAGGGCCAGCUGCAGCCGAGCUCUGCUUGACAAGGCACGUCAGCGUUGCUAUGACCUCCAACUCCAGUGCAGGGAACAGCUCCAGCUCUGUGCUGAGUGACCUCUUCCUCCUCCAAUCCAGGAGGCUCUUUGCUUCCAUCUACUUUCUCAUUUUCCUGCUGGGUGUGCCUGGGAAUGUCCUGCUGCUCCUGGUCCUGAUCCCAGACCUUCUGAGGACUGGUGCCAGCCACGUCUCCCGCCUGACCGGGCCCCUGCUGGUCAAUAUUGCUCUCCUGGACCUCCUCUUCUUCCUCUACGUCGUCCCGGUGAUGUUCGGCAACGUGCUCUUCAAGGGCUGGCCCUUGGGCUACGUGGUGUGCGUCACCUACAACAGCCUGUCCCUCUCCAUCAUCUUUGCCGAUUUCUACAGCCUGCUGGCAGUCUCCCUGCUGCGCUACGUGGCGGUGACCCACCCUACGCACACCAUGGCUGUGUCCCAGAGGCUCAUCGCCUGGGCUUGCGUGUUUAUAUGGGCGCUUGGCUUCCUCUUCUCCAUCCCCUUGUGGAUUCACUACACAACGGUGGAGGUGGAGGGGGAGACGUACUGCGUGAACCAAAUGCCCAAGCAGCAGUUGGCUCUUUACUUCAGGCUCCUGGGGGGCUUGGCGUUCCUCCCCCCCAUGCUACUGAUGAUCCUCUGCUACUCCAGUAUCAUCUUCACCCUGUGGGUUAGGAGGGGGCUGGCCGUCCACACGGCCUCCAGUCUCCAGGUUAACAGGCGUGCCACGGUCAUGGCUCUGGUCACCGUGGUGACCUUUGUGGUUAUGUGGGUCCCCUACUGGCUGGUGGUUUUCCUCACGAAGGAUGAUGAGUUGCUCACCACAGGCCCCAUGUACUUGGCGUCCAACCUGACCACCUUGCUGGCCUACGCCAACCGCUGCGUCAAUCCCAUCAUCUGCUUCAGCCUCUCCAGCCAGUAUCAGGCCGGGCUGAGGAAGCUCGUGAGGCGGACAGGGUGCUGCCUCGAGCCAAGGUGCUCCACGGACACGGUCAGGAUGGAAGUUGCGGCUGGCGAGGGAGGAGCGCUGUAG